AUGCAUACAAACACAAUGUUGGCUGCUUGGGUUGCUUUGGUCCUGCUGGUUACUUGUGCCGGUCGUCAAGCCGAGGCACGGGCAUUUUUCGUUUUCGGAGAUUCGCUGGUGGACAGUGGCAACAAUGACUACUUGAUCACCACUGCCAGGGCCGACUCGUACCCUUAUGGGAUCGAUUACCCGACUCACAGACCAACCGGCCGCUUUUCUAAUGGCCUCAACAUACCAGACCUCAUCAGUGAGUCACUUGGCUCAGAACCUACAUUGCCAUACUUGAGUCCUCACCUCACAGGAGAAAAUCUACUUGUUGGUGCCAACUUUGCUUCCGCUGGGAUUGGUAUCCUAAAUGACACUGGAAUCCAGUUUCUUAACAUAAUCAGAAUCACCAAGCAACUGGAGUACUUCGAACAAUAUCAGACAAGAGUGAGUGCCCUUAUCGGACCUGAUCAGACUCAAAGCCUUGUAAACGACGCACUUGUUCUUAUAACACUUGGUGGUAAUGACUUUGUGAACAACUACUACUUGGUACCGUUCUCUGCUAGGUCUCGUCAGUACUCUCUCCCUGACUACGUCGUCUACCUCAUCUCCGAGUAUCGCAAAAUCCUCAACAGGCUGUACGAACUGGGAGCUCGUCAAGUCCUGGUCACAGGCACAGGACCGCUAGGCUGUGUCCCCGCCGAGCUUGCCAUGCGUAGCCGAAACGGGGAGUGCUCCGUUGAGCUUCAACGCGCCGCCUCGCUCUUCAACCCGCAGCUAGUUCAAAUGAUCAACUCGCUCAACAGCGAAAUCGGGUCUAACGUCUUCAUCGCCGCAAACGCCUACGAAAUGCAUAUGGAUUUCGUAAGUGACCCCGGUGCCUACGGGUUUGUGACAUCAAAGGUAGCCUGUUGUGGCCAAGGACCUUACAAUGGAAUCGGACUAUGCACGCCACUUUCGAACCUGUGCCCCAACCGAGAAUUGUACGCGUUUUGGGAUCCAUUCCAUCCUUCGGAGAAGGCUAACAGGAUCAUUGUGCGGCAAAUCCUGACCGGGACUAAUAAGUACAUGCACCCCAUGAAUCUCAGUACUAUGUUGGCCCUCGACAACUCAAGGACCUAG